UUUAAGAACAUGUUUAUAUGUUGUUCUGACAUUUGCUUUUCAGGUUCUUGUCACAAUCUAUGCUGAUUAUAUUGCCCCUUUAUUUGACAAAUUCACACCUCUGCCUGAGGGAAAGCUUAAAGAAGAAAUUGAAGUGAUGGCGAAGAGUAUUGACUUUCCUUUGACGAAGGUGUAUGUUGUGGAAGGAUCUAAACGCUCUUCCCACAGCAAUGCUUAUUUUUAUGGCUUCUUCAAGAACAAGCGAAUAGUUUUGUUUGACACUCUACUAGAAGAGUACUCUGUACUAAACAAAGACAUCCAGGAGGAUUCUGGCAUGGAACCCCGCAAUGAGGAAGAAGGGAACAGUGAAGAAAUAAAAGCUAAAGUUAAAAAUAAGAAACAAGGAUGUAAAAAUGAGGAGGUACUUGCUGUACUAGGCCAUGAACUGGGGCACUGGAAGUUGGGACAUACAGUCAAAAAUAUCAUUAUUAGCCAGAUGAAUUCUUUCCUGUGUUUUUUUUUAUUUGCUGUAUUAAUUGGUCGAAAGGAGCUUUUUGCUGCAUUUGGUUUUUAUGAUAGCCAACCCACUCUAAUUGGACUAUUGAUCAUCUUCCAGUUUAUUUUUUCACCUUACAAUGAGGUUCUUUCUUUUUGCCUAACAGUCCUAAGCCGCAGAUUUGAGUUUCAAGCUGAUGCAUUUGCCAAGAAACUUGGGAAGGCUAAAGACUUAUAUUCUGCUUUAAUCAAACUUAACAAAGAUAACUUGGGAUUCCCUGUUUCUGACUGGUUGUUCUCAAUGUGGCAUUAUUCUCAUCCUCCACUGCUAGAGAGACUUCAAGCUUUGAAAAGUAUGAAGCAACACUGAGAUGCCCAGGGUCUGUGACUGAAGACAUUCUGAUUAUUUCUGUCCUGGCAGCAUGUUCCAGCUCUUGAUGUUUUUAAACUUUUUUUUAAAAGAAAAAUUAAGUACAGAAAAGCCCAGAUUUAAAUACGUUUAAUAUGUCAUUUCAAAAAUGAUUUUAAUAAUUCAUUUCUUAAAGAAAACACCGAAUGAAUUUUGAAGCUUAAUGUUUUUAAAGGCAUAGUUUUAUCUUUGACAUCUAAUUUACCAUCAAGUUGUAAAAUUGUUUGGAAAAAUACAGAACUUGUUUUAUUUAUAUACUUACAUGGAAACUGCAUGUGAGGUGUUUGAGGGCAUAUGUUUGAAAGAGGGAGCACCACCUCGGGAAUCCUUUCUGUGAGGCGGAAACCGUGGUCCUGAAUCGUUGUGCUCAUACCUAAGUUGAAAUCUGGUCUUACUUUCAUGCUGUUAUGAUUUCAUCUGGUGAAUCAGUGUUUUAAAUAAGAAAGGUAAUAGUUGGUAAGGCCAAUAUGAUUUAAAUGAAAGUAGUUAGAAAAAUGCUCUCCUACCAAAUUUUAAAUUUCUCUCUUCCCUCUCUUGCUACACACUGAUCAAGAGUAAUUUUCAUAGUGCUUUGAAGUUAGAAAUUAUGUAUAGGAUAUUUUAAAUCAUUGAGUUUUGUGUUUUGUUUGUUUUCAUUUUUUGGAAAAUCUCUGUCUUUAUCUUUUUUUCCCACAUGGUAAAUAUGAUCCCAUUGGGAGUAAAUUGUAGCUUUUUCUCAUUCAUGCAGUAAAUAAUACAUCCUUUCACUUAGCAGAGAUGGCCAUAUUAAACACGUUUUGCUAUGUUAAAAGUGGCAGAACAUGAAAGACAAAUUAAAAAUAACAUUUUUUAAGCGACAUAAGAGUGAAAUGAAUCUCUAUGACAUUUCGGGAAAAAAUAUAGUUUUCUAUCUCUUUCAAGGGCAGAAGAGUUUUCAUUUUUAUUUUUGUAAUUUUAUCUGUAAGUCAUAAGUACUGCUUAAUCAGGCCUGAUUCUACUUUUGAAAAUUACAGUUCUGGAAAUGCAGAUAAUGUUUACUUUGAAAACAAAUGUCAUGAAAGAUUUCCAGUUUUUAAAGCUGUAUGUUUCACUGCUUCAUAUCUCUGUCCACUUUCUGAAUGAGAACUUAGUUUGUGCCUAGAUCUGUCACUCACUGAUAAUGCUUACCUUCUGGGCAUUUAUUCCAAAGUGGGAUCGACUGUGCGCCUUUGGUAUCUGACCAUAAAGUCUUUUGUUCCACUGACAUUUGGGUGAUGUCUUCACAUGGAAAUAUAAUAAAAGUGAAAAUCUAGUUUAGUACUGCAUUAUUUAUUUUCCUGAGGCUAAAGAGGAGCAGUCCUAUGCCUUUUAUUCAGCAUCCUUUAUCUGUGACUUCAUGCUCUGAUAACUGCCUUUCCUUCCUUCUGUGCCUUUGAAUACAAAUUUCAGUUCUGCAAAAGUUAAACAUUAAACAUUGCCAAUGCAAAUGUA